AUGAAAGGUGAAAAAGGAAAUUUUCUGAAUAUAAUGUCUGCUCCUCCAUAUUUAUUGCUCAUCUUUAUUGAAGAUAUGAAAUCUUAUAUUCGUUUUAUGAAACUAUCUCCUUCCACAUCGAAACAAUUAAAAUUCAUUGCAUCCGCAGCACUCGGUGCUACUUUGUAUUGGCAAUGGCAAACUCGACAAAGUGUCCACUAUGCGAAUAGUUAUAGUUUUCAACUGAAACGAUACUCGGCCACAGCAGAAUAUCCAAAUUUAAUUAGACAUUCAAAUCUAAUGGCCAAAUAUUUGACACCACAGUUAUAUGCCAAACUUCGAGAUCGUAUAACUCCCUCCGGUUUUACUAUUGAUGAUGCCAUACAAGUGGGCAUCGAUAAUCCCGGUAUGCUUAGUCGACAGUACUUUGGAAUAGUUGCCGGUGACGAAGCAUCCUACAAAAUUUAUAGUGAAUUAUUUGAUCCGGUCAUAAAAGCACGGUAUAACCAUGCAAGUGGUGCCAGACAAUAUCAUGAUUUUGAUUAUGAAAAAUUAAAAUAUCCUACAUUAGAUAAUGAUAAUUCGAACAAAUAUAUUCUAUCUAGUCGUAUUCGUUUGACAAGAAAUUUAAAAAAUUUUUCAUUUCCUUCGUUUUGUACACGAGGUGAACGUCGAAUAAUCGAAUCAAAAUUAGAAAAAUGUUUUCAAAAUUUAAUACAAAAUGACGAAUAUGAUAAAAAGUAUACAGGAAGUUAUUAUCGAUUAUUGACUCUCGAUGAAAGAUUACAAGAGAAACUAGUCAAUGAUGGUAUAUUUCUAUUUAAACCAAUGUCAAUGUCAUGGUUAAGUUCUGGAAUUGCUCGUGAUUGGCCAGAUGGUCGUUCAUUAUAUUUUAAUCAGGAUAAAGAUUUUUAUGCGUGGAUCAAUCAAAAAGAUCAUUUAAGAUUAAUAAGUUGGAGUAAAAAUAAUUCAAUAUCUGAUUUGAAAAUAGUUAUAAAAACAUUAUUUGACGGUCUUAAUUUAUUAGAAACCAAUAUGAAUUCAAACGAUUUAGCAUUUGCACAUGAUGAUCACUUUGGUUUUCUAACGACGUGUCCUGUGAAUAUUGGCACAGGAUUAAAAUAUAAUAUCUAUUUAAAAUUACCAAAUUUAGCCAAAGAUAUUCGAUUACCAACUAUUAUUAAAGAAUUAAAUUUAAAUAUGGAAGAGAUAAUCGGUCUUGAUGAUAAAGUAUCCGAUGAUUGUAUUGAUAUCUCGAACAAAGAUAGAAUUGGAAAAACAGAGGUGGAAAUAAUUCAACAUGUACUCGAUAGUGUCACCAAAUUAAUUGAAAUGGAAAAAAAAUUAGAAAGUGGAGAAAAAUUAGACAAAUUUUUUCAUAGUUAG